GGGGCGCGGGCGGGGCGGGAGCCGCGGCCGGAGCCGCCGCCCGACCCUGCCCUGCCCUGCUCUGCUCUGCUCUGCCCUGCCCCGCCGCGGCCUCGCCUCGACUCCUGUCCCCUUCCGCCUGCCCGCCCCUGCCGGCUCCAGGCCCGGCCGCGGAGCCUCAAGGCCGGCAGCGUUCGCGCCUCAGCCGUGGUCAGCGCGGGGGCGCCGCCGCCGUCUCGGGGGGUGGUGGCGGCAGUGACAGCGCCGCUGCCGCGGGCAGGGCGGGUGCGGGAGGCAGGCAGGGCCGCUCCAGGCUCCUGGCAAGCGCCGCUCGGUAGCAGGAGCUCGCUGUGUGUAGGGGUCUCGGCCGUUCUCCAGGCUCUGCAGGAGGUUGUGUGAAGUUUUGUGACCUGGAGCGGUGCGGAUCCGCCUGAGUCAGUGACCACUGAGUCAGCGCUUUUGCUGCGGCUGCAGACGGUCAUGUCGGAGCUGCCACGUAAAUAGCUCAACAUGAACUUUAACCAUCAAGAUAAUUUAAAAAGUGAACAGAAUCAUAUCUUUUCUUCUGCGAGCUGGCUGAGGGAUUCUGGGUUUCUCCUGCAGUGCAGUCCUAUUCACUGCCUUUUCCUGAAACAGGACAUGGAGCUGCGUUCCUUUCUUCAUGUUAGGUGCUAAGUUGUUGUUAACUCUGUUGGCAAUGUCUAUGAUUUUAUCUGCCUCUGUGGUCCGUGUGAGGGAUGGACUCCCACUUUCUGCAUCUACUGAUUAUGACCAGAGCACGGGAAUGCAAGAAUGUAGAAAAUAUUUUAAAAUGCUCUCUAAAAAACUUUCUCAGCUUCCUGAUAGAUGUACUCUGAAAACUGGACAGUACAAUAUAAACUUUAUAAGUUCUCUGGGAGUAAGCUAUAUGAUGUUGUGCACCGAAAAUUAUCCCAAUGUUCUGGCUUUCUGUUUCCUGGAUGAGCUUCAGAAGGAGUUCAUCACUACCUACAAUAUGAUGAAGACAAAUACUGCUAUCAGACCAUACUGUUUUAUAGAAUUUGAUAAUUUCAUUCAGAGGACCAAACAGAGAUACAACAACACACGUUCUUUGUCAACAAAGAUGAAUCUUGCUGAUAUGCAGACUGAAAUCAAACUGAGACCACCAUAUCAAAUUUCUGUGUCAGAACUUGGUUCAGCCAAUGGCUUCUCUCAUAUGCCUGUGGGGGAGUAUAAAGGUACUGGUAAGAUAUCUGCAGCUCCUAAUCAACGUCUGGAACCUGUGACUCUGCCAGGGAUUGUCUCAUUUGUGCUUAGUCUGUUAUGUGGAGCUUUGAAUUUAAUCCGUGGCUUCCAUGCCAUAGAAAGCCUUAUCCAGAAUGAAGGUGAAGAUUUCAGCUAUGUUAUUGCAUUUUUUCUUGGAACCGCAGCCUGUUUGUACCAGUGUUACCUAUUUAUGUACUACACAGGCUGGAGGAAUGUCAAGUCCUUCCUGACUUUUGGGCUGAUCUGCCUGUGUAACAUGUACCUGUAUGAACUGCGCAACCUGUGGCAGCUCUUCUUCCAUGUGACUGUGGGAGCUUUUUCUACCUUACAAAUCCGACUGCGACAAGCGCAGGGAAAGUCCCCUGAUUACAAUGUCUGACAAGUCCUGGAACAGUGAGACCAAGUCUUGUUCCAGUAGUUACUCUCAGGAAUGUAAAGCUGUUCUCCAAAAGAAGAAGCUGUCUGAUUGGGGCUUUUUUUUUUUUUUUUCUUUUUUUUUUAAUAAAUCAAUGUAAGAUGCCUGUGGACAUUCUACGCUUGGUGGUUGAACCUUUUUUAAAUUAUUUUUUUAUUUUCUUGAAAAGGACACAAAAGAAUAUGGGACUAGAGGAGGAAAGUGAAGUAUAUCCAAGCAGUGAAAUGUAUGUAGAAUAUGACUGGUGGCAUAAAAAAAGCUUCAUUCAUACAUUUAUGGAGAUAAUCUGAUGUGGAAUUAUCUUACGGUAUUUCAUGAUCACAUUAUCUGAUGAUAAUGUGGAAGCACACUUGUACAUUAAUGGAGGAAUGUGUAAAGUAUGUUCUGCAUAUUGUGCAAGCUUUUCACUUCCAAGGUCAGUUUUGCCUUUGUGAGGCAGUAGGGAAUAGGCUAAAUAAGUAAUAAUAAUGCUAUUGCAUAUUAGCAAACUAGAUGUGGCAUAUGUAAGAUAUUAAACUUUUGAAUGUUUUAUUUCACAUUGACAUAUAUGUGAAUGUUUUCUUAAUUAAAAUGUAACCUGGAAACUCAGUUUCUAGGGAUCAGCUUCACCCAUGGUGCUUUGUCUUAUGCUGUAAGUUCUUUAAUGUGUUUUCAUUUAUUAUUUUCUUUUAAUUAUUCUUUGAAAUUGAUGUAUGUAGAUAGGGUUAAUUUUUUGUAAUUAUUCAAAAAGUUCUGCUGCUACUAACCAGGUUUCUCACACACUUCAUGUGUUUGGAAGGGUUGAAAGAGAACAGAUUGGUGAGUAAAUGGAGUGACUUGUACUUGUUGGAAUGCUGUUCUUUUUAUAUGUUCUUCCUUACUUUCAGAAAUGGAUGAAUAACUAGCUCAAACCUGAGACAGACAACUGGUGACAGGAAAAUAAUAAAUUAGUCUGAUUAGCUGAAACAAGAAA